AUGACAGAAAAAGCCACCUCGGAGGCCCUCGCCUGUGGUCCGGAGGAAACCGCCUCUGAGUCUGCCAAGGCACCCAGCGCAGAGCCUUCUGGAGAAACAGCAGCAUCGGAGUCUGCUGGGGAAGAGUAGGCUCCCGCACCAUAGGAGCCCGCCCCUCAGGCACCGGCCCACACCCCCGCAGCCACUAAACCUGCACCUCCAAAUGAAGACAUCCCCAGUGCCCCGCUGCUGCUGGCCGUGGAGGAUGUGAGCGACAGCUCAGUGACCGUGAGCUGGGAGCCCCCAGAGAGUCUAGGGCGGCUGGGGCUCCAGGGCUAUGUGCUAGAGCUCUGCCGAGAAGGAGCCUCUGAGGGGGUGCCCAUGAAUGCCCGGCCCAUGAUGGUGACCCAGCCGCCGACCGUGCGGAACCUGGCUCCAGGAGACCAAUUCUUCCCGCGUGUGGCUGCAGUGAGCUCUGCGGGGGCCGGCCCGCCAGCUGUGCUAGAGCAGUCUGUCCACAUCCAGAAGAUGAUCGAGGCCCCCAAGAUCCGCGUCCCCUGCCAUCUUCGUCAGACCUACAUCCGCCAGGUGGGAGAGACCGUCAGUCUGCAAAUCCCCUUCCAGGUAGCUCCUCCCUUCCGGGGAAGUCCUAAGGCUCAGGCCUCUUGGACCCACAGUGGCCACGCCCUGGACAGCCAGCGAGUACACGUGUGCACUGGGGACCAGGACUCCGUCUCGGCCCAGCGCUCCGACUCAGGCCGCUACGAGCUCACUGUGCAUCUCGAAGAUUCGGAGGCCAGGGCAGCCAUUGACAUCCUGGUGGUUGAGAAACCUGGGCCCCCCAGCAGCAUCUGGCUCCUGGACGUCUGGGGCUACGACGUUGCCCUUGAGUGGACACCGCCCCAGGACCCAGGCAACACAGAGCUCCUAGGCUACGUGGUGCAGAAGGCAGACAAAAAGGGGUGAGGCCUGUUGGAGCCGAGUGGGCAAUGGUUCACGGUGCUGGAGCGCUACCACCUGACCACCUGCACUGUCUCUGACCUCAUCGUGGGAAACGCCUACUCCUUUCGGGUCUUCUCGGAGAACCUGUGUGGACUCAGCACCUUGGCUGCCGUCACCAAGGAGCCAGCCCGGAUCCGGAAGGCAGAUAUCGUUGCCAAGCCUAAAGGGUUUGUCGAGCAAGACUUCUCAGAAGCCCCUUCAUUUACCCCGUCCCUGGCUGACCACACCUCCACCCCGGGCUACAGCACUCAGCUCUUCUGCAGGGUCCAAGCACUGCCCAAGCCCAAGAUAAUCUGGAUGAAAACCAAAAUGGACAUCCAGGGUGACCCCAAAUACCACGCCCUCUCUGAGCAAGGUGUCUGCACCCUGGAGAUCCGGAAGCCCCGCCCCUUUGAUUCCGGGCUCUACACCUGCAAGGCCAUCAGUGUGCUAGGGGAGGCAUCUGUGGCCUGCCGGCUGGAGGUCAAAGCGGAUGGCUUUGCUCCCUGGUACCUGCCUAGCCUCCUCCCCGAGCGGCUGGUGCCCAGGAGCCAGAAGUAG